AUGGAGGAGACGGCAAGGGCAUAUACCGAAGAACUUCUAGCCCAACAACCGGAAAGGUAUCAAGCGAAAUAUAUUGAGGCAAUGAUCGAUGCGGCAGUCUCGCUACCGGUAAUUGCGGCUCCAAUGGGCAACUUGACGAGGAUGAAGGUCCUCGCAAAGCUCUACGUCUUAGUCUUUAUGAGUGAUGAUCUGGUUGAUUCCGGAAAUCGAUUGACGAUGAUACCCAAUCAUAUCGAGGGGAAAGCGGAACAAGGUCCAGAGUAUACAUUCUACAAUAUGUUGGCUAAAGAGAUCCUCUCGGAAGAUAUUGUCAAGGGGAAACGACUGCUGGAAAGUUGCAUAUCCUGGAUAUCGGCGACCCAACAAACGCCCCCUGAGACGUUUCCCACAUUAGAGGAUUAUAUGGCGUAUCGGGCGGAUGAUGCGGGAGGAUAUACCGUGUUCCGCAGUAUGGAAUUCGCUUGCGAUGUUUCCUUUUCCGACACUGAUUUCGAAGCCGUCGCGCGUCUCAGAUCGCUCUGUGAAAAGCAUUUCUUACUAACCAAUGACCUGUACUCCUAUGCCAAAGAAGCAGUCGCAGCACAGAAGCAUGACACUUCUGUCCUCAACGCCGUUAGAGUCGUUCAGCGCUUGAUGAAUAUCUCUGAAGAUUCGGCAAAAACGAGUGUUCGCCAACUUAUCUGGGAUUUAGAACGCCAGAUGAACGAGGAAUAUCAACGUCUGCUUCCGGGCGCACCACAGUCGCAGCUAACAUACGCUCAGGGUUUGAUUGUCUGCGUUGCAGGGAACAUGUUCUUCUCAGCGACUUGUGCUCGCUACGCGCGAGUCGUUGAGGGUUCGAGAUUGCAUACAUAG